UAUGGGAUUUUGUUAUAAAAACUGCUUUGGUUAACUUAAUUAUGAACUAUAUUCUCAUGUCUUGAUAUAUAUCCUCGUGUAUUCUGGUGCUGUGCAAUUUUGCGGACAACAAUGGAUACUUUGGUAAGUAAGUUGAAUAGCUUGGUUGGGCUGUUAACCAAAAAAGAAGUUUCCAUAAGAAUUUUAGUAGAUGUAGUUAGAAACAAAGUUCUAUUUGUCCAAGCAGGUAAGGACUUUGUUGAUGUGCUACUAAGUUUCUUAACUUUGCCAUUAGGCACCAUUGCAAGGCUUGUGCGUCAAGAAUCAAACAUUAACAAUCUUAGCAUUGGUAGCAUAAGCUUGUUAUAUGAAAGCGUGUCAAUUCUUGAGAAAGAUAGAUUCAUCUCAGAUUUGGAUAAAGAACUGUUGGUUCAUCCAAUUAACUCAAUGUUUCAAUAUUGUCGAUAUCUAAAACUGAACGUUGAUGACACUGAAAAAGUGAGGUGGUUUAGAUGCACGAACCUAGAUUGCGGUGGUAAAAUUUCCAGGAGACGAAAUUGCAAGUGUAUUAGCAAGAAGAGAUAUAAGUUAUGUGAAGGAGUUUUACCUCCUGAUAAAGGUUUUGUUCCAGAAACUGCAACUUUUAUUAUUUCAGAUGAUUUGAGUGUGAAACCUGAUGAUUCUCAAAGUACUGUUUCUCUACCUAAGUAUCUUGGAUGUGAAGAUGUAGAUACUAUCAAGAUAGUAACUAUCAAUGUCACUCAUAAGAAGAUACUAGAUCUAGUGAAGUGCUCCUUAUUGUCGACGACACCUUUAACAGACGUAUUCUUGUCAAAUAAACUGAAUCUUCAGAAUGCAAAACCCAUCAGUUCAAUGGAUUUAGAUGUUAGUAAAUUUACAGCAAAGCUUGUAAGGAAGACCAUACAAGUAAAGGCAAUGGUAAGAAAAUCCAAUAACAAAAUAUUGUAUGCUUUGGGUGAAGAGGAUUUUGCAGACUUGGUACUAAGUUUUUUGACAUUCCCUUUGGGAGCAGUGGAGAAUAUGUUAAAUGGUAACUCUGACAUUGACGGCAUAGAUAACCUAUACAAGAGCAUGCUUGAUUUGGUUCCUGGUAGGUAUUUGAGAUCCAAUGAUUUAGUGCAGAAGUUAGAUCAAUCUAAUUUUGGUAGAAAAAUAUUCACCAAGAGUCCAUCAACUUACAUGGUAACCGAUGACUUAGUUGUCUCGCCCGGUUCUUCAACCUCUGCCAUUUCCUUCCUGACCGAACUUCAAAUUCCUUUCUCAGAUUUGGAGGAAAAAGUGAUUAGCAUUGGCAAUAAACAGGGUCUUAAUCUUCUAAAAGCUUCUUUGAUUUCAUCAUCUGCUCUGACUGAUGGUCUUGGACCAUUCAUUGAAACUAAAAAUACUGAGAAGAUCAUUUCAAAAUUAAUAACGCCAUUUAUGAUUUAAGACAAUGAAAUAAAGCAAAAUCAUUGAGAUUUUGAUUGCUGAUUAUGAAUUUUGCAUAUUUAAUGUCUAAGGAUAUUGCAAUGUUUAGUACUUGUAGGGUAAGAAAUAAUUGGCUCAUUUGUCAUGUGCCAAUGACACAUUUUACUAGUCUUUUUUUUUUUUUUUUUUUUUUCAAGUUAGUCAGUUUUGUAUUAGUACUUAACUCUUUAAUAAGUUUUUUUUAGUUAACUUGCAAUUUCCGUAUUUAGUUAACCUUUGUUUGUCAUUUCAUAAUCUACAUUUAUGAGGGAAAAUGUGUACCAUGAAGCUUUCAUCUUUUCCCGAUCUCUUUUAAGUUUAACUUUGCUAUUUUUGCUUGGUAGAAAUAUUGGAAUUGUUGUUUUUGACGGAGUA